UUAAUUAAUGUUGGAAUAGGUGAAUGGAUUGUUUGCAGGUCUAAGAUUAACGAGUAAUUAAGUCGAAAUGAAACAGAUGUCCACAAUAUUCUGAUAAAAUAGGAGGGAUCAUGAUUCGUGGUAUCAUAUUCUCACAACUUACACAGUAACUAAGUAGUAGACGACUAGUAGUCUAGUACAGAAUAUUAGAGAAUUAGAGGAGAGAGAAAUGCAUUUGAGCGAGAAUGAAGGAAUCGAAGGGAAGACGACGGUGGUCACCGGCGGUUUAGGGUUCGUCGGCGCAGCUCUCUGUCUCGAACUUCUCCGACGAGGUGCUCGCCAUGUUCGAUCUCUUGACAUCCGCUCAACUUCUCCCUGGUUUUCUCAAUUGUCUCUUCACCCUAACUUUGUCUCCAUCACUGGGGACAUUACGUGUCAAAAGGAUGUCAACAAGGCUCUAAAAGGGGCAGAUUGUGUUUUCCAUGUUGCUUCCUAUGGCAUGUCAGGAAAAGAAAUGCUUCAAUUUGGUCGCAUUGAUGAGGUUAAUAUAAAUGGGACUUGUCUGAUACUGGAUACAUGCAUGGAUUUUGGGAUCAAGAGGCUUGUCUAUGUGAGUACCUGCAAUGUUAUUUUUGGGGGAAAAGAGAUCAUUAAUGGCAAUGAAACUCUGCCUUAUCUUCCUCUAGAUGACCAUGUUGAUCCUUAUGGACGCAGUAAAUCAAUUGCUGAACAGCUGGUCCUGAAGUACAAUGGCCGCCCUUUCAGGUGAGAAACUUCUUGUACUCUGCAGGUACAAAGAUGCAGAACAUUAGACACUGAAUAAUCUUCACUAUUAUGUCACCAAGUUUUAGCGCUUUUUACUGUGAAGUGAUAAUUUGUUUUUUUAUGAUUCAAAAAAGGCUUGCUAAAUUUGCCUAUCAUUCCUGA